AUGAACAGCACCUCGAGACCCGACGGCUUCAGGGACGCCUUCAUCAAGAACUUCAUCACGGUCUUCCUCUGUGUUGCCAUCAACACCGUCAACGGCUCCUUCCUCUACAUCUACUUCAGGAGUGAGGUGUUCAAGAAGGACCCCAGGUAUGUGCUCUACAUCCACUUGGUGAUAAAUGACAUCAUCAUGCUCACCAGCUCCGUCCUCCUCCAGGUGAUCACCUAUCUCGCGGUCGGGGGGAUCAAUGUGGCGGUGUGCUGCACCAUUCUGGUCGUCAUGGUUACCACCAACAAGAACAGUCCAGUGAACCUAGCCUGCAUGGCGGUGGAGCGCUACAUCGCUGUGUGUCGGCCGCUACACCACCCCCAGCUGUGCACCGUGGGUCGCACCUACUGCCUGAUCGGCCUGAUCUGGGGCGCGUCCUUCAUCGACGCCUUCGCCGACAUCAUCAUCAUCUUCGUGACCCGGCCGCUCUCCUUCUUCUCCGUCUCCAUGAUGUGCUUUGCCGACGCCAUCUUCUCCGUCCGCCAACACAAAGACAAGACCACGGUCGUCCAGGUGGUCCUGGUCUCCAUGGUGUUUCUGACCCUCGUCAUCACCUACCUGAAGGUCCUCUUUGCAGCCAGGAAAGCGUCCGGUGAUGACCAGGUGUCGGCCAGGAAGGCGAGGAACACCAUCCUGCUGCACGGCGUGCAGCUGCUGAUCUGCAUGCUCUCCUACGCCUCGCCCAUCCUCACCAUGCACCUGAUCCGGACCUUCCCCACCAACUUCCGGAACAUCCUCUUCCCCUGCUUCCUCCUCACCAACGUCCUGCCGCGCCUCCUCAGCCCCCUCAUCUACGGCGUGCGCGACCAGAAGUUCAGCAACCAGCUCAGACUGCUCUUCUCCUGCAGGAGCUCUGGGCCCGGGGAGGGCGAGAGACUGAAGCCCACCGCAGGAGAGAGAGUCCGACCGAUGAAGGGCAAGAGAGAGACACAGACAGCAGGGGAGAGAGGGAGCUCUAGAAAGAUGAAUAAACAGACCGGACGGCCCUAG